GUUUCAGUAUAAAUAGAAUCCUGAAUGAUUAAAAAUGUAUAUGCAGUCGCUUGACCGUCGAAGCUCAUACGAGUAUUACGACUUAAUUUCAUUAUGCGUUUUUGUUUCUGGUUCGCUUUGUUUUUCUCUCUUUUUUUGUCUCUAUUUUGUUUAUUUAUCAUUUUGUGCGUUUUUUUGUUGCUUUCUUCAUGUUUACGUUAUCUAGCCAUGUAGACUGUCCGGUGUGACUGUUCCUUCCCUACGAUGGCACCAUAAUAUUUACAUUAAAUUUCAAUUCCAAUAAAUACUAGUUCAUUAAAAGUCAUUGUGGUCGCAUCGUAUGAAAGUUAUGAGGUAAUCGCACAGCCAUUUCAUUUGCACAUCAUUUUCCAACUCAUAUCUUGCGGCCGAUUUAGAACAUUUAAAAUGCUUUGCACCACACGUUUUGCAACGCAAAUCAAAUUGCGAUGCCAUUGCCGUGAAGGCGAGCGCUCGAGCGUGUGUGCUCAUCGAGUUUCAUUCAAAAUUAUUCUUCUCGUAGUUUUAAUUAAUUAUUUUUUUCUAUUUGACGUGCAUUUCCCAACGGGGGAAUUCAGUUUGCAUCAUUGUUUAUGGCCGAAAAGAACCAAUAAAUCAAUUGACUUGGUCGGGUCAUUGGCUGCAUUACAUUUGGCAAAAAAGGGGCACGAUAUCCAUUUGUAUGAGUAUCGAGAGGAUAUCCGUACGGUAGAACAGGUUCAAGGGCGUAGUAUCAAUUUGGCAUUAUCGGUACGAGGUCGGAAAGCACUGGCCCAAGUGGGUUUAGAGCAGAAAUUAUUGGAGCAUGGCAUACCGAUGCGUGGUCGAAUGUUACAUGAUCUAAAUGGUCGAACGCAAGCUGUACCCUACGAUUCGAACACAAAUCAGUGCAUUUAUUCCGUUGGUCGCAAGCACUUGAAUGAAAUCCUAUUGAAUGAGGCGGCGAGAUAUCCAAAUAUUCACUUGAAUUUCAACAAAAAAUUGAUAUCAACCAAAUUACGGUGUCGCCAAUUGACCUUCCAUGAUGAAACAAAUGAUGGAGAGGAAAAUGUAGCGGGUGAUUUAAUUAUUGGUUGUGAUGGUGCAUUUAGUAUGGUACGUCGACACAUGCUACAGAGCCCUGGAUUUGACUUCAGCCAAACGUACAUUGACCAUGGAUAUAUUGAAUUAUGCAUACCACCUGCCAAUAACGAGCAUCAAAUGGAGUUGAAUUAUUUACACAUUUGGCCACGUGGCAAGUUUAUGAUGAUUGCACUCCCGAAUCAAGAUAAAUCGUGGACCGUCACCUUGUUUAUGCCAUUUUCGAACUUCGAUGCAAUCAAAACAAUCGAUGAGCUUCUCGCAUUCUUCACUGAAAAUUUCCCCGAUGCUAUCGAUUUGAUUGGUGAAAAGCGGCUCAUUGACGAUUUCUUCAGAGCAACGCCGCAAUAUUUGGUGUCAAUUAAGUGUCGCCCAACUUACAUCGAUCCAAAUGUUUUGCUGAUGGGUGAUGCAGCCCAUGCAAUGGUUCCAUUCUAUGGCCAAGGAAUGAAUGCUGGCUUCGAAGAUUGCACGAUUCUCAGUCAGAUUCUUGAUCAACAUCACAAUCACUUUCAUUUGGCAUUGAAGGAAUUUAGUGAUACACGAUGGCAAGACGCUCAGGCCAUUUGCGAUUUGGCCAUGUACAAUUAUCUCGAGAUGCGAGAUUUAGUGAGAAGCAGAUCGUAUCGGUUGCGUAAAAUAUUUGAUGAGUUCCUUUACCGGUAUUUCCCGAACCAUUGGGUUCCACUCUACAAUUCGGUUACAUUUACUCACAUGCCAUAUAAGCAGUGUAUCGAAAAUCGAAAAUGGCAAGACAAGGUUUUGUCACAAAUAAUUGCAUUUGGAUCAGUCCUUGGUAUGGUCGUUCUAUUUGCCUUGGCAUACAAUUUUUAUUCAUAAACAUUGGUUUCAUGUUACAAAACUACGAGAAUAUGAAAUUCAUUAACAAUUUCCAAUCUCGUCAAAAACAAAUCAUAGGUACAUAUGUGUCGUUGAGAAUAAA